AUGCAGAGGGAGUGUUGGUUACUGAUCAUAGGCUCCUUUCUAAUGGAUAGUCUCAAUCUUCUAGGUUGGAAUGUUAGGGGGCUGAAUAACGUUGAGAAGCAGCGAGAGGUUUUUGAUCUUUGUAAGAUAAAUAAGGUGGGUUUUGGGGCUCUUUUUGAGACUAAAAUUCAUCAUGAUAGAGUUAGUAAGCUCAUGGAAAAUAAUCCAAACUGGAAGAUUUAUUCUAGUCAGGAGACUUCGUUUAGAAUUUUGUUGAUUUGGAUUGAAAAGCUAGUUAAUGUGGAUAUUUUGUUGAUAGACAGGCAGCUCAUUCACUGUAAACUCAAAAUGGUGGGUUACAAGGAGGAGUUUUUUCUCACUGCGGUCUAUGGAAGUAAUUCGUUAAAUGAGAGGAAAGAUCUUUGGAAUAAACUUACUAACAUUGGGCACUUAAAUGCUCCUUGGAUCAUUCUAGGUGACUUCAAUGCCAUGUUUGCGUACAAAGAUAGAAGUGGGGGUAGGAAAGUUCGAAGUUCAGAAAUCCAGGACAGUCAAAACUGGCUUGCUUGGGGUCAGGUUGAAGAGUUGAAGACUGCUGGAUCCUUUUUUACUUGGUCUAAUAACCAUGAGGAAGGUAGCCGUGUUUACUCAAAGUUGGAUAGAGUUCUUACUAAUGAAAGUUGGUUUGAUAAGUUCCCGAAUACAGAAGCUAGUUUCAGAUGGGGGGCCCUCUCAGAUCACAGUUAUUGCCUCAUUAAACACAUCAAGACUGGAAUCCGUGGGACUAAGCCUUUCCGUUUUAGCAAUCACUGGAUGUUCAAAGAGGGUUACAGAGAGACUGUUCUUUCUUCUUGGAAGAAGCACAAGGUUACUGAUUUGAGCACUCUGCACCAGCAACUGUUCAGAGUGAAGCAUAUCCUGAAAACCAACUAUGUUAAGAAGAGCGAGGAUGUUACUGGUCUGUACAAUGAAGCUCGAGACAAGUUUAUAGCAGCGCAAGAAGCCUUGGCCAUCAACCAUUUGUGUCCUACAGCUAUUACAACUGAAAAGGUGAAUCAUGCUAACUACUUAGCUGCCCGAAAACAGUACUUCAGCUAUUUGCAUCAGCACUCGAAAGCUUGUUGGUUAAAGCUUGGUGAUGAAAACACCAGCUAUUUCCAUGCUAUCAUGAAAAAGAGGAGAGCUGAGAAUAAAGUGUGUUCGUUUACUGCUAAUGGAGUUGUUGUUGAUGAGUAUGACAAAGUGGUUGAGCAUUUUUUAAACCACUUUCGCAACUUCAUGGGGAGGCAAAGCUCGGUUUCUAGACGAAUGGAUGAGGAUUGCCUCGAGUUUGGGCAAAAACUUACUCUCGAACAUCAAGAAGUGAGUGCAACAACCAUUUCUCUUAUCCCCAAGAUUGAUAAUCCUCAAGGAGCUACUGACUACAGACCAAUAGCCUGUUGCACCACAACUUACAAAUGCAUUUCAAAGAUGAUUUAUACCAGACUCUCGGAAGUUCUCCCAGUCCUUAUUCAUGAAAACCAAGGUGCUUUUGUCAAGAAGAGACUUUUAGCUCAUAACGUCUUGAUUUUGCAGGAUCUUCUAAAAGGUUACACUAGGAAGACCAUUUCUUCUAGAUGUCUUAGGAAGAUUGAUUUGAGCAAGGCUUAUGAUACAGUAGACUGGUGCUUUGUGGCUGAUAUUUUAAAAGCUCUUUGCUUCCCUUCUAAAUUUAUCACCUGGAUCUUAAGCUGCCUUCAAGGAGCUUCUUAUGCCCUUCUGCUUAAUGGAAGAAUCCAAGGGUCGUUUAAAGGUGAAAAAGGCCUUCGUCAAGGGGACCUGAUGUCCCCGCUUCUCUUUGUUAUUAUAAUGGAAUACUUAACCAGACUUCUUAUUCAAUGUUCUAAGAAGAAAGGGUUUGGUUUUCACCCGUUGUGCGAAUCCUUAGGCCUUGUCAACCUGUGUUUUGCAGACGAUCUCAUUAUUUUCUACAAGGGCAAUGACAAGUCUGUACAGAUGGUGAAAAAUGCCUUCAAUCCGUUUAGUGAAGCAACGGGCCUGGUUGCUAACAAAGCCAAGUCAACGGUGUUUUUUGGGGGUAUUCCAAAUGCCAGCAAACAGAGACUUGCCAACAUCUUACAAAUGGAAGAGGGUUCUUUCCCUCUGAAGAAUCUCUCGUUUGCUGGAAGGGCUCAAUUGAUUCAUUCGAUUUUGUUGGGGAUCAGGAAUUAUUGGAUGGGUUUGUUUUUGCUUCCUCAGAAAAUUACGGCGGCUAUUGACAAAUGUUGCAGAGAUUUUCUCUGGGGUUCUGUGGGAAACAGAAGCAAACUUCAUAUUCCUUCUUGGGAGAAAGUUUGUCUCCCCAAGAACGCAAGAGGCCUUGGCUUCAGAGAAGGUAAGGCUUGGAAUAUAGCGCUUAUGGCAAAGUAUAUCUGGGCUAUAUCUAGUAAACAAGAUAACCUUUGGGUUAGGUGGAUUGAUGCGAUCUAUCUGAGAGGGCUGAGCUUUUGGACAGUUGAAUUCAAGCAAGAUGAGAGCUGGUACUUCAAAAAAUUCCUUCGUCUUUGUUCAACUGUUAAUGAAACAAUGGUCACUGCUGCUAUUAAAAGAGGUAAGUUUAGUGCUAAACUCUUUUAUCUCUCUUUUAUUCAAGCUCAAAAGAUUGAUUAUGCAAGGAACAUUUGGAAUAGAAUGAUUGUUCCAAAGCAUAGAUUCAUAGGAUGGCAAAUAGUGAAUAAUCAGCUGCUAACCAGGGACAAUCUAAGCCGAUUUAUGCCAAUCUCUUCUCCUCUAUGCCCGGUCUACUGUAGGGAAAAUGAAUUGCACCAGCAUUUGUUUGUAACAUGCUGCUUUACUCGCAAUAUGGUUGAUGAGAUUACCAAAUGGUUUGGCCAGUUUGAUUGGCCAAUCGACUUCAGCAGCUGGUUCUCCAAGGCUGCCAUCAACUUGCAGGGAAGAAUCACCAACGCUGUCAUUUUGGCUACCCUUUACAUGAUUUUCUUCUUGUUCAGGACAAUUGGCAAACCUGCGAUGAUUGAUAAAGUUACCCAAGAGCGAUCUAUGGUGAAGUUUGCAUAUGCUCUUGUAGAAAUUGAAAUCUCAUAUGAGCCUCCGAAGACUAUUUCCUUCAAUAUUGAAAGCAAAACAGUUGGUAGAGCAGUCAGUUGA